AUGACCCCAAACGUGACCCCGCCGAGCGAAGAUCGAGUCCCCGUGGGACAGGCACGCAUCCGCUCCGCAGCGCCCUACUUGGAGGACGGCGGCGUGAACCUGUCCUGCUCGGUCGCGUACCGCGACGCCGUGCACACAUCCUGGAGCAUCGACGGCCGGCCGCCCGACGACUCGGCCCUCGAGAGCAUCCUCACGGGUCACGCGGGCCCGGGACUCUGGUUACGCGACCACAGGCUCGAGCUCCGACGGCUCGACAGACUUCCGUCGGCCUCCGGGCGCUACCAGCUGGCGUGCAUGGCCGUGGCCGACGGCAACCUGAGCAGGGCGUCGCUCUUCGUCGCCUCGCUCUUCGGCGAUGCGUGCCGGGGAGACGCGCAAUGCACGCCGAGGGGCGCUCAGUGCCGCGGCGGUCGCUGCAGGUGCACCGGCGCCCUCAAGGUGCGCCUCGCAUCGCGACAUACCACCUGUCGACACGCGGCCUUCCUGGACUGGCCCUGCGUCUACCACGAGCAGUGCCAGAUCCACGGUUCCCGCUGCGGACCCGAGGGAACCUGCGUAUGCACCGAACCCUUCGUGGCACAGGGAAGAACCUGCGUGUCGCCCCCGCAGCAGCAGCCACCGCUACCGCCACGCGGGUGCCAAUGCAAGUCCUGCGGGAGCUCGUCGGCGCGUCCAGCCGUUCAAUUAGAGCGCCAGGUGCCCGCUAGCUCCGAGAGGUCAACCACGCAGCGCGAGCCUCUUCUUCUCCUUCUCUUGGUCCUCGCGCUGCGUCCCUGA